CUUGAUUGGGUCGGAAAAUCAUCAGAGUUCGACAGCUGUCUACCACCCACAAUGACGUCCCCACCGGUAUUUUGAAGGAACUCAUGGCUGAUGGACUGCACAAUGAAGUGCGCCAGCUCACUGAAUGGGAUGGCCACGAUUCAAUGCUCGUAGUUUGGCGAGCUGUUGAGCGUGCUGACCGUGUUGUGAUUUGCAGGCGGCGGCGGCGGCGCAUUGCUGGCCAGCUCCGUGCACUCGGCCUUGGCGAAUUUCGGCCCAACGAGGAGCUGGGUGAUGAGAUUGAUGAUGAUGAUGGUGAUGUCGUAUUGGACCAGCCACCGACUACCUCGGAUCCCCGAAGUCGCAAUCCCCAUAGCGGCCAACCAACCUCCCUACAUGAAUUUGUCCUCGAGCUUCUCCAGGCAGGAUUUUACCCCUUAAAGUUCGACCCGCUCUUUAGCAAGAGCGCGGUGAUCCUGAAAGUGUGGAGGAAUCCCACGAGACUGCCCUCGGACGUCCAGAAGGCCACUGCCGUCAGUCACCCUAAGUUGACAAGUUACUUCGAUGUCAUUAUAUUUCCGGUGCAAGAUUGUGACGGGGGUGAGCUUCUUUUGCUUCUUAUUUUCUUGAGCGAUUGUUUUUUCGAAGAUACGGUCGUGUUGGUCUGGUCUAAAGAUCUCGUUGAAAACUUUAACGGCGCUCCGCUAUGUGAGACACCCGUGGAUCUGAGGAACGAUUUCGAAGAAGACAUCAAACACCUUCUUGAUUUUGACCAACGAGUAUCCAAGCUCUCAGACAAAGAGGCUCAAAUAGCUUUUCAAAAGGUUUUACUGCUCGAGCUGGUGGAGACGAAGUACAAACUGUAUUCUGGCUUUCAUGAUGCAGUUGUGUAUCAAGAUGGCUAUGACAGUACAACAGCCGUUCGACUUGCAUACAUGUUUACAACGUGCCUGGAUGCAAAGAAGACUGGGCUACGAGUCAAACACGAUGUUUUCGAGGCACACCGCAAAUUUUACGGGAGCCGCAAACCAUAUUACAAAGUGGUGGCUCUAAAAAAGAACGACUCUCCCAGAGAGGACCUACCGCCAGUGAAGCGAAUUUCAUCAUCACCUUCCAUCCUCGAUGACCUCGUGGACAAGGGAAAUCGCCUCCGUGACGAGUUUGUCGAGAAGUACUCAAGCCUCCGCAGUUCCUCGCCCUGUGCUUUGGACCAUGAUACCCAUCUCACCUCUCCUUAUACAUCUGCAUCUUACAUGGCAACACAAGCGGUGCAUGUUGGUUUCCAAGGAUUACAAGUCAACCUGAUUGUUGCCAAAAUGCAUGUCGAAAAGGCAUACCAAGACUGGAUCCUAAAAGUUGUGCAAUACUUUGCGCAGCGGCCGUUGUUCCAAGACGUACUCUCUUUUUCCGAGGAAGAAAUCAAGACUAUUAUGGCAUCUUAUGCUUACACUCGUAACCAGUCAUUCGGGUUCUCUGUUGCCUUCAGAGAGCUUUGCGUCAUCAAAGUGCGAGUACAAGGCGGAGUCCCUUUCGAGGAUAAAUUUGCACAGGCUCUUUCGCAGGCACAGGAUGACACAGACGAUUGAGGUUUUCUGUUUUUCAUGACGGUAUAUCGAUCGGCGUAUCUGAUUGAACCAGUUGUCUUGUUUACAUCCCAUAAGUACUUCAAUACACGUUGCAUCUAUCCUUAUGAUACGUGGCGCCAAUGAACUUGUCUGACAGCCAGUGCACCUUCGUUGUCAAUCAAAGAGUAAAAGCCAAGAAUGUAAUUGGGCAAGCCUUGCUUCGCGAUUGUAAAAUCGGACAACCAAGCACAACCCGGUACUACUGCAUCUGUGAUUAUCUUGAUCUACCUCCUGGGAUCCAUGCGAAGGUUAGGACUGGUAGAGUGUAUUUGAUCAACGUAUUUCUUAUAGCCGGCGUACUUGAAGUUGCCGCGCAUUUGACGUAGUAAG